AUGACCCACGACGCCGUUUGGUUCUCUCGUCCUAGAAAGUACGGAAAGGGUAGCCGCCAGUGCCGCCUCUGUGCACACCAGGCUGGUCUCAUCCGCAAAUACGGCCUUGACUUGUGCCGUCAAUGCUUCCGUGAAAAGUCAGCUGCCAUCGGUUUCGUGAAGGUGCGU